UGCAGUUAUAAAUAUGCUUCGGCUCGCCACUGUAAGGUGUGUAAUGAAGGGUGCGGUAGCGAGACCAGUUUGUGGAUAGCCCAUUUUCUGCGUAGUUGUGACAACGGAGUUUGAAACUUUGCGAACCCGGCACGAAAGUCAAAGGUGAACCAGAAAUGUUGAUUACCUUUCUUAUUCUUGUCAUGGUACUUGUCCCAGGGAUAUGUUGCGAGAGUCCUUGCCGUGCGGGAUUAUAUGGACAACUAUGUGACAAACCUUGCGAUUCUAGAUGUCGACCUCGCGCCAACAAAAAUACCUAUUGUGAUAAAGUCACUGGAGCCUGCUUAGAGGGUUGUGUUCCUGGAUGGUGUGGCGAUAAAUGCAAUAUUCCUUGCAGCAAUAAUUGCAUUGAUCACGUAUGUUAUCAACAAACUGGGCAGUGCGUAAAAGGCUGCAAAGGAAACUACAAAGGGAUUAUGUGUAACGAAUAUGAAGAGAGAAUAACCGCUCCACCAACAAAAGACACACCCAAAAGAGAUCUACCUGACGAGACACAUUCAGGCAACGGGUUCAUCAUUGCGUUCUCAGUUAGUGUUGUUGUCGUCGUCAUUUGUGUCGUCAUUAGUAUCGUCAUCGUUUUCAGAAGAAUGUUUAACACACACUGGAAAGGCAGUUUGGUCAAAUCUGGUGGAUCUAUCGCUGAAGGCAUUGAUGAAGAUGACGAGGAGACAAAUCGUCUUUGGCCAACGCAAAAUCCUUCAACCAAAGAACCCAAAAUGCUCACUGACCUCAACGAUGCGAGCUACUGGGGAGACUUGUCUCGUGUGAAAAGCAUUUUGUCAGAUGGAGAAGUAGAUAUAAACUGUGUCGACGAUUAUGGGAGGACACCAUUAAUGUGGGCGGCACGGCAGAAUCAGAAAGAAGUGUUUGACUUUCUUGUCAAAAAAGAGGCUGGCGUGUCACUACUUGACAAAAGCGGAAAUAACUUACUUCAUGCAGCCUGUUGUGGCGGAGAUAAAGAUAUUGUACGGUCUGUUCUCUCCCGUAGGUUAGUGGACAUCAACAGUAGAGAUAAAUACGGUAGGACGGCAGUGAUGAUGGCAGCAAACGGCGGUAAUCAAGACGUUUUUGACUUACUUGUGAUCAAUAAUGCUGAUCUGACAUUCGUCGACAGCGCUGAUGAUACUGUUCUCCAUGUUGCCUCUCUUGGAGGUGAAAUUAAAUUAGUGGAGUAUGUACUUUCCCACAAUAUUGUCAACAUUAACGCGAGGAACAAGGGUGGAAAGACAGCAGCUAUGCUUUCAAAAGAAAAUGGUCAUACGCCAGUGUAUGAUCUUCUUGUGUCGCGUGGCUGUCCCGAGAACUAAGUCUGAUAUAGUGAAUACAUCAGAUUGAUACUAGUACAUAACACAUAGCAUAUGUUUGUGUAACGAAUUGUCCAGGUAAGUUGUCUACCUAUCUGAAAAUGAUGUUAUUUAUAUUUUCGAUUUGCACUUUGAAAU